AUGUGUGGCAUUGUCAUCGCACACGGUCUUGAGAACCCCGCUGCGGCUCGGGUCCGCGUGAUCGCCUGUGCGAAGAAGAUCCGUCAUCGAGGACCGGACUGGUCAGGCUGCUACUGUGGGAAGGAGACUGUCCUUGCGCACGAGCGGUUGGCCAUCGUCGGCGUUGACACCGGCGCACAGCCGCUCGUGAGCACCGAUGGAAAGAUUGUUCUUGCAGUCAAUGGCGAGAUCUACAACCAUAUCAAGCUGCGCGCCAGCUUGAAGCAGUCGUACAAGUUCAAGACGCACUCGGAUUGCGAGGUCAUCAUUCCCCUGUACAAGGAGCAUGACAAGGAGCUCUGCAACCUCCUUGAUGGGAUGUUCUCCUUCGUGCUCCUCGACGAGUCCGUCUCCCCCCCGCGCAUCAUCGCCGCACGCGACCCCAUCGGCAUCACCACUCUCUACCAAGGCUGGAGCUCGAAACACCCCGGUGCAACCUGGUUCGCGUCCGAGCUCAAGGCGCUCGUCGACGAGUGCGACCGCAUCAUCUCCUUCCCUCCGGGCCACGUUUACGACAGCGCUGACCGCUCCACCACGCGCUACUUCCACCCAUCGUGGUGGAACGGUGACCUCGACGGUCCCAGCGCGGUGAUCCCCACAAAACCGGCCGACCUCACACUGCUCAGGGAGACCCUUGAAGAGGCGGUGCGCAAGCGGCUGAUGUCGGAGGUGCCAUACGGUGUGCUGCUGAGCGGCGGACUGGACAGCAGUUUGAUUGCCGCUAUUGCAGCGCGCGAGACGGAGAAGGUCGCGCUCGCCCAGGUGGAGGCGCGCAAACGCAAGCUGGCCGAGGCGCAGAGCGGUCCGCCCUCGCCUAUCGGGACUGGCGUCACCGAAUACGCUACCAUCGCGUCAUGGCCGCAAUUGCACUCUUUCUCAAUUGGUCUCGAGAGCUCCCCGGAUCUUCUUGCGGCGCGCAAAGCGGCGCAUUUCCUUGGGACCGUACAUCAUGAAUACGUCUUCACCGUGCAGGAGGGCCUCGAUGCGAUACCCGAUGUUAUUUACCAUCUCGAGACCUUCGACGUGACUACGGUCCGGGCGAGCACGCCGAUGUAUUUGCUCAGCCGCAAGAUCAAGGCGAUGGGUGUCAAAAUGGUUCUCAGUGGGGAAGGCAGCGACGAGAUUUUUGGAGGCUAUCUCUACUUCCACGCUGCGCCCGACGCGAAGUCGUUCCAUCAGGAAUGCGUAAAACGUGUCAAGAACUUGCACACGUCGGACUGCCUUAGAGCUAACAAAUCGACGAUGGCAUGGGGUCUGGAAGCCCGUGUUCCGUUCCUUGACAAAAAGUUCCUCGAGGUAUCCAUGAACAUCGACCCAAAGGAAAAGAUGUUCAACAAGGGCGCCGCGCAGCAGGUUGACGAGGACGGUUGCCCUAGAAUGGAGAAGUACAUCCUGCGAAAAGCCUUCGACCGCUCGCCAGACGGCAAGCCGUAUCUACCACGCUCGAUUCUGUGGAGGCAGAAAGAGCAAUUCUCCGACGGUGUGGGAUACUCGUGGAUUGACGGCAUCAAAGGUCACGCAGCAGCUGUUGUUUCGGAUGAAUCUUUCGCGAAACGCGCGGAACGAUGGCCCGAGAGCGCGCCGGAUACGAAAGAAGCCUACUGGAUUCGCGAAGUCUUCGAUGAACUCUUCCCGCAAGAGACCGCCGCGAAAACUGCAGUGAGGUGGGUUCCCAGAGGAGACUGGGGGUGUUCCUCGGAUCCCAGUGGGAGGAGCGUAAGCAUACAUAACGCAGCAUAUGGGACGUCAAGUUAA